AUGACUCGAUCCAAGUUCACCGAAUACAAACAAGUGCUGCGAAACAGCUGCGUGGGCAAGCCCCAAUACACCGAGAAGGAUUACCCUGAUCUCGACGGAAAGAACUUUCUUGUCACUGGAGCCACUGGAGGAGUUGGUCUGGAGGCCACCAAGCUGCUGCUAGAGAAGAAGAGCCAUGUAAUCAUGGUUGGCCGAUCCAAAACAAAGUCUCAGUCUACCCUUGACGAGCUCCAGAAGACAUACUCCCACGGUACCUUUGAUUUCGUCGAGGCUGAUCUGUCUGACCUGACCACUGUGGAGCGAGCCGGAGAGUACAUUCGAAGUAAGUACACCACUUUGGACGGUGCCAUUCUCAACGCUGGAGUCAUGGCUCCCCCCUAUAGCCUCACUCCCCAGGGCCACGAGUCUCAAUGGGGUAUCAAUGUGGUUGCCCAUUUUCUGCUGUCCAAGUAUAUCUCUCCUGCUCUGAUCUCGGCCGCCCAGACAGCCCCCAAGGACACCGUGCGACUUGUCUGGGUGUCUUCUUCUGUCGUUGCCAUGAGUCCUUAUGAAGGAGGUAUCAAGUUUGACGAUAUCAACCACUCUAAGGUCAAGAACCCUUCUCCCUGGACCCUUUACUCCCAGUCCAAGAUUGGAGAUGCUUACCUGGCUUACCUGUGGUCGAAACACCAUCCCGAUUCUGGCGUCCUGUCCGUCUCUCUGGACCCCGGUAACCUGGCCUCUGAUCUGUCCAGACAUACUUCUUGGCUCUCCAGCAUUAAGAACUACGUGCUGUAUCCUCCCAAGUAUGGCGCCUACACCGAGCUGUCUGCUCUGCUGAACCCCUCCGUCAAGAAUAACGAGCAUCUCAUUCCCUGGGGUAUUGAGGGACACCUUAGACAGGAUGUCGACGAUGGACGACGUGGAAAGGACGGAGAAGAGCUCUGGCAGGGUCUCAACAAGGAUGUCGAGGGCUUCUUUAAGGAGGAGUAA